AUGUAUCGUUGGUCAAAGGCAUUAGAAGCCUUACUAAUCUUGGUGGUAGGGUACCAUCUAGCGAUAGCCCCUUACACCAAAGUCGAGGAGUCGUUCACCAUCCAAGCAGCUCAUGAUGUAAUGACUUAUGGAGUGUACCCUCAGACAGUCAUUGAAGACAACUAUGACCAUGUCAACUUCCCUGGAGUUGUUCCUCGGACGUUUGUCGGCAGUCUAGUCCUCGGAUACAUCGCCAAAGCCAUCAUGGGCUUGUUCACGGUGUUGGGCAUUGACUUAUCUAGGAUGUCUGACAGUCAGAUCAUUGGCCAGUAUAUUGUGCGAGGUACUUUGGGUAUAAUCAACGUAUUAAGCUUGAUUUCCAUUAAAGAUGCCAUCAAUUCAGUCACCUUCAAAGAUAGAAGCAAAAGUGGAGGAGGAGCUAAAAGAAAGGGAGUCGUGGGGUUCUUUUAUUUGUUGAUCUUGAGUUCACUGUUCCACUUGUUGUUUUAUUCCAGUAGAACACUACCCAAUUUUGUUGCUUUACCUUUAGUAAACCACAGUAUAAGCAAAUUGAUUGUGGGGGAUAUCACAGGAUUCACCUGGUUAGGAUUAACAGCGGUCAUUUUCCGGUUGGAAGUUGGGGUUUUCGGGUUCAUAAUUGCUAUAACUUCAUCUCUUGGAUUUGGCCAAUCAAAUGUCUUCAUCAACCUCAUGUUGCUCGCAAUUGGCUCUUUAGCAGGCCUUUUCGCUAGUGGGUUUGUUGAUUCGUACUUUUGGGGUUAUUGGGUUAUCCCUGAGUUUUCAGCCAUGUAUUUCAAUGUCUUACAAGGUAAAUCCAGCGAAUGGGGAGUUGAACCAUUUUGGAGUUAUUUCACCGUUCAUUUACCUAAACUUUUCAAGUUAAUCUUGAUUCCUUUGUUGCUUAAAGGGUUUGCUUCAGACCCAGCUGAUGAUGGUUCUACUGGUUCUAAUGCUGCCAAUGACCCAGCGGUGGUGGUCGUUCCUCAUCCUGCUAGACACGGCUUGAGAAUCUUAUUCACUUCAUCCUUGUUGUAUGUCAUUGCCAUGUCAUUCCAACCUCAUAAGGAAUGGAGGUUCAUCAUUUAUGUCAUACCAAUAUUUGCUUUGCAAGCUGCAAACGGUGCUUAUGAAAUUAGCCACAUGUUUAGCAAGGGCAUAGUGUUCAAGUUAUGGAUCCUUAUCACCAUUUUAUCGUUACUUGGUGGGGUCGUUGUAUCGUUAUUCAUGGGUUAUGUCUCAAGUUUCAACUAUCCAGGAGGUGAAGCCAUUGAAUAUGUUAACCAUUAUGUUUUAAACGACAAAAAAGAUGUCACUGUUCAUUUGGAUGUGGCCACUUGCAUGACAGGCUUCACCAGGUUCACCGAAUUGAAACAAGAUGAUGGUGAUGUCAUUGUAACUUAUGAUAAAACUGAAGAUCCUCAUCAAUUGAUGGAGAAAUGGAAUGAUUUCGAUCUUUUGGUGCUGUCUGUGACUCCAGAUUCGGAUAAUUGGCAAUUGGUUCAUUCAAUCACAAAGUAUACUCGAUUCAAUACAUUGCCAGUGAUUUUCAUGAUCCAAGAACUGAUCCAUGAUAAGCAUUAUCUCCCUCUGUUAAUCAUGACCAUGAUCGAUGAAGCAAUUGAAGGCAGAUUUGAUGAAUUCAAGAGACUUUUAAACUCCUUUAUCAUGACAAAUAAUUAUUUGGGAGUUUAUAAACGGAUCGGAAACAAAAUCACAGACAUUGGAUCCGAAGUUGAAAGCCAAGUCGUUGAUGAAAAGAACCAGCAAGAGUCCAAUAUUGAUGUUGAAGAUGUCUUAAGUGAUAUCAACCAAGAAAUAGAUGCCAUUGAAGCAAUGACAUAA